AACGUCAAAUAUUUUGUAAUGUAGACUGUAACGAAGAUAUACGGCUCCUCCACCAGGCCAUUGGAUGUCCCCCACCCUUAUCCAACGCCAAGCCUCCAUCCUCAACGACCUCUCCCUCCUCGUCGCCCUCGGCUCUCUCACCCUUCACCUCCCCCCACCUCUCCGAUUGCCUGGCCCAGGGUGCGAAGCGGGUGAUGGCUGGUUAUGGAGUCCACCGUUUGAGUGGUGUGGUGCGGAGUAUCGCGCAAUGAUGGAGGAAACGGAGAGAGAGGUUUUUGGGUUGUUGGGAUGGUUGAGUGAGAGGGGUUGGGUGCGGUAUACGUAUCAGAUCAUACCACGGGAGGUUACGAGGGCUGUGGUGAGGGUGUACGCGGUCCCUGAAGAUGUUGAUGGACGACGGUUCUUACCUGGGCGUACGGCAAUGGAGGAGAAGAGGGGGCGAAAGGCGUUGAGGAGGGUUAUGGAGGUGCUUGAUGCGUCGGCGGAGAUGUGGGUGGGGAAUGUGUGAGGUUGGGCACGCUGGACACACUGGACACACUGCCAGUGCUCGAGACACUAGGUUGAUAGGGUGCCCAGGGUCCGCUCAGGGUCCGCUCAGGCUGUUUUAAUGGCCAGGUUCGUUUCAGCUCCCAUUAAGAGGACCUUUGGGUAUCAGGCAGGGUACUUUGGAAAAUCCCAACAGAGGCCGCCCGCCAAGCUGUCAGCUCCUUCGUGAGUUCGUCCUGCAUCCAGCCCACCAAAACAGUCC